AUGGGAUUAGAACCAGGAGCUCCAAUAGUACUUGGCAAUCGAGAGCAUACGCAUCAUCCACGUUCAUUAGACGUAAGACUUUUUCUGAAUACAUUGCGAGAACGAGGUGGUAGAGAAAAUGCUACUCCAGCUCAAAUUUAUAAUGAAGUAGCACCACAAAAUGUAAGAGCAGCAGUUGUUGUUGGUAGACCAGUCGCCAUUCGGACUAUAGCCCGGGCUAGAAGGAGAUUGAGUCCCCCAAUCCCUGAACAUCUUCAACAAUGGGCAGAUAUUUUAAAUCAGCCAGAGUGGCGUCAACGAUUGCUGUGGUGCAAUGGAACCAACAAUCGUUUUUUUCAAGGACAGCUUAACAUUUUGGACAGAGAAGUUCCUAGAUUUGACGGACUUGUCUUUGCUAAUGAGGCAUUUUUACGUUCCAACAAUGUACAUCUAUCAACCGUCCGUACCAUUUGCAUAGAUGGUACAUAUCAAGUGCGCCCCAAUCAUCCUGCUGACAUAGCACAACUGAUAACCGUACAAGUUGUGUUAAAUAAUGUUGCGAUUCCGAUAGUCCAUGGAUUGCUGGUAGAUUCUACAACUGAAUCCUACUGUAGACUUCUGCAAUUCAUACGUAAUGAUUUACAACUUCAUUUUGAGUACCAACAUUUGAGGAUCAUUACAGACUUUGAGCAAGGAUUAAGGAAUGCAGUCAUGAUGGUGAUGCCUGAAAGUACAAAUACAGGUUGUUGGUUUCAUUACAUCAGAAGUAUAAUUCGAUUUGUCCGAUCACACAAUAUGGCAAGAUUGUGUAAUACUAAUGCAAAUGCUCGGAGAAUAGUAAGAAUGUUGAUGGCUUUACCACAUUUACCAUCUGAUAUGGAAGAAUACUAUGGGAACCAGUUUUCCAUAAAUCUGGGCUUCUUGAACAUUCAAAAUUUGGUAAAUCAGUACAAUUUAAACGUUGAGUUGAAUGCAUUAAUUGUAUAUUUCCAACAUUAUUGGAUGGACAUUGUGGGCCCGCAAAGAUUUUCAGUAUGUAGACUGCGGCAUAGAACCAAUAAUUUUAUAGAGUCAUACCACGCUUCUCUUUUGCGCCGUAUGGGACAACAUCCGCCUCUAUAUGUAUUCUAUGACCAUUUGAGAGGUAUAGAACAACAAUCCAGAAUGGAUUUUUCGAGGGCGAUUGAUGGACUACCGGUGAGACGUGUCAAUUCUCAUGUGUAUCCACAGAAUACAAUAACAUUAAACCAUGCGUGGCUACAGGCUGAAAACGGUCAGUAUACAUUGGAGGAAUUCCAGAGAUAUACUGCACAUACACCAGAACAAAUAUUGAUGGUAGAAAUUGGAGAGCCAGUAUUUGUUGAAAAUGAUCUUCAGGACCUAGAUUUAAAUCUAGAAGCUUUGCCACCAUCAUUUCAACAAAUGGGUUAUUAAAUAAUUCCAGAAGAACGCGGACAAAGAAGACGAGGACAAGGUAGAGCUCAUAUUCCUGAAAGUAAA